GCAGAUCCUCUUCCUCUUUCUUUCACGCGACCCUAUCGUAAGGAACCACCUUGUCUUUAAACCGGCUUUAAGCGAUCCUUGGAAGCACAGUCAAGAUGCCCAGGGAAGACAGGGCCACGUGGAAGUCCAACUAUUUUAUGAAAAUCAUCCAACUGCUGGAUGACUACCCAAAAUGCUUCAUCGUGGGCGCCGACAACGUGGGCUCCAAGCAGAUGCAGACCAUCCGCCUGUCCCUGCGGGGCAAGGCCGUGGUGCUCAUGGGCAAGAACACCAUGAUGCGCAAAGCCAUCCGUGGACAUCUGGAGAACAACCCAGCUCUGGAGAAGCUCCUGCCCCACAUCAAAGGAAAUGUGGGCUUUGUCUUCACCAAGGAGGAUCUGACUGAGGUCCGGGACUUGCUGUUGGCCAACAAGGUACCUGCAGCUGCCCGUGCUGGAGCCAUCGCCCCUUGUGAUGUGACUGUGCCAGCCCAGAACACUGGACUGGGUCCAGAGAAGACCUCUUUCUUCCAGGCUUUGGGUAUCACCACCAAGAUUUCCAGGGGAACCAUUGAGAUCUUGAGUGAUGUCGGUUUGAUCAAGAUUGGCGACAAAGUUGGUGCUAGCGAGGCUACACUGCUCAACAUGCUGAACAUCUCCCCCUUCUCCUUUGGACUCAACAUCCAACAAGUGUAUGACAACGGGAGUGUUUACAGUCCUGAGGUGCUUGACAUCACAGAGGCUACCCUGCAAGUCAGAUUCUUGGAGGGUGUGAGGAACAUCGCCAGUGUCUGUCUGGAGAUUGGCUAUCCCACUCUGGCUUCCGUCCCCCACUCCCUCAUCAAUGGCUACAAGAGAGUCCUGGCUGUCGCCGUGGAGACGGAGUACUCCUUCCCUCUGGCAGAAAAGGUCAAAGCCUUCCUGGCCGAUCCAUCUGCCUUUGCUGCUGCUGCACCUGCAGCCGUUGCAGCGGUGACUGCUGCUGCACCUGCAGCUGCCAAGGAGGAGGCGAAGGAAGAGUCUGAGGAAUCAGAUGACGACAUGGGCUUUGGACUGUUUGACUAAAACAGUGAAUCCAUGUUUGAAUCAAACAAGACUAUGAUUCAAUAAAAUCUUUUGACAUCCUA